GCAGCGAGGGCAGCCACCGCCUGCGUGCCCACCCUCUCUCCUUCCGUCGCCGUAUUGGAAAGACCCCCGGCCCGGCGAAGCACACCACACCAGUUGUCCGACACUUACCGCGGGUGGUGGUAGUGGCGAUCUUCCAUGUCUCCAUGCGACGUCCCACGUUCUGACCGCCUUCUGUGCCUCCUUCCUCUUCUGUGUUUCGUGUGUGUCUCUCUGGCUUGUUAGAAAAACACUCGUCCAGUUCUAUACCAAAAAAAGAGUCAAGGCGCCAAGAUGUAUCUCAGGUGUGCGGUGCCAUUGUGCCGUCGUCCUCCACUCGAGACUGUACCUCCCCUCAUGGCAUGCUCACACCUCAUUGCUAAACGUUUCGGAGGACGCCGACUUCCCGCACAGGCUUAUACGAGGAUGUUGGAAGGGUGUGGCAAAGUAGUCAAAUAUGCGCUCUUCGUCGCCAAUUUUAUUAUCAUGGUUGGCGGAGUGGCGGUCUUCGCCGUGGGCAUCUGGACCCUGGCGGAUCGGUCAUUCAUGGAACGGUUGCUGGGCACCGACUUGUACGUCAGUUCGGCUUCCAUUCUCAUUGCCACGGGAGUCGUCGUCACCAUCAUUUCUUUUCUCGGAUGCCUGGGAGCCUUCAAAGAGAUCAAGUGCAUGUUGCUCACGUUCUUCAUAAUACUCUUCAUGAUAUUCAUCACAAUGCUCGUAGGAGGUAUUCUGGGCUAUGUGUUUAGAAACGAGGUGGACGAUCGCAUGUAUCAAGAAAUGAUCAUGUCUAUCCCCAUGUACAAAAACGACUCGGUCGUCACGGAUGCCUGGGACGCAGUUCAACAGCAUUUUGAAUGCUGCGGAGUUCGAACGGAGAGGUACGAGCCUUUCCGCGUGUGGUCGCUCAAGAACUCCCACUUCAACAGCAACCACCAGGUGCCGGAGUCAUGCUGCAGGAAGAAAGAGUGGCUACACGCUUGCCUCAAGCAACCCACAAGCAGGGACACCUACAUGGACAGUUGUCACGAGAAAGUUCGAGAUUUCGUGAAGGGCCACGCUGUCAUUGUGGGUGGAAUGGGGAUCGGCAUAUCCUGCCUGCUGGUCGUCGGAAUGGUCCUGUCAUGCGCCAUGUUUCUCAUGAUACGCUGAAUCAAGAGCGAGAAGAACAGCCAUGACGUCAUAUCCGACCACCACCCGAUACCUACUCUCCGUAACAGUGUGCAUGCGUAUGCCCGUGUGUACUUCGCAACCAAAGGUGCUGGCAUCGUCCCCGGUGGACGGUGUCUAUGAGUUCAGACUCUUCGCCGCGUGUUUAGUUAGAUAUUAUUCCAAUUAACCCUCGUUCAUCUUCAACUACAACACCUGUGGCCGUUUUGGUUCCGUGUUAUGAACGUGUGGAACGCGACACUCUUAAGGACAAUGAUUUAGUGAUCAUCGUUUUAGUUCUUCCUAUGUUCCCAAACUGUCCAACUCAUUCUCAUAUCCCUGGCAAAUGUUCAUCUUUUGUUUGUUGUCCCUCUCAUCUUGUUUUGACCCGUGACUACAUUAAUUAACGUUGUAAUUUAUUGUUUAUACGUUAUUCCCCAGUGCUAGAAAGUAUUAUAUUGUUACGUUAUUUAUACUGUUCCGUUUCAAGGUGGUCCUGGAGGCCCUGGAUAGGCUGCCUCGUCUGUUGAGCUAUGUUACAAUUAUUUUAGAAACAUAUAUACCGUCAACAAUAUGAUCUCGGCCCCAAAUUCCAAGGGUACAAAACUAUAUUUCAAUUGUGAGACACUUUAUGCAGAAUGCAUUCUACAAACAGGGGGCGAAGCCAGACAAAGCUUGUGUUCGUUGUGGUAUCAUGUGACACAUCCCUUUCUGUCCCUCUUUCCACUUCCCCAUUCAGAGUAGGUGGUGAGUGACAGCAAGGUUUUAUCGCACUUUGCGACCUAAUCGCUGAGACAAUAAUGUGGAAUGCAUUCUUCAUACGCAGACCUCUGUAUUUUUUAUCAUGAAAUGAUUUCAAUGCACUGUAGUUUUCACUGUGGCUUUAGUUACAUCCAAUCGGUUGGCAAGCAACAGUGCGAAGCUACGAACGUCGGGUUUAUCAGCACCUUUGUAAUCGAAAGUGUGACUGCACAAUCCACGCUGUAGGGUUUAGUGACCUAGCUAUACUUCAUUUAAUGGAGUAACUCGGUGAAAUUCGCUGCCAUGUCAGAUUGUGUACAUACAGACAUAGCUUUGAAAUUUGUAUGACCUCUAGUAUCGGUACAGGAAUCAUAUCUGUGCAUCCUGAGUACGGGCAUUUACUAUGGAUGGAUAAAGGCGAUUCCUAAUCACUGACAUUGAAACGUAGUGUCUCCCAAAAUAAGUAGAUUAUGUGAACGGCUAAAAAACGCCGUCGACGAUACCAUUUACAGUUGAGCUCAAAACUGCACGUGAAACAUGAGCCACAAUCCAUUUGGCAUGCGUUUGAAGAAUUCGGCAGAAAAACGUAUGACCUCUUCUGGGGUGCCCUGUAUACUAAGGCUACAUACGUAUGUAUAAAUACUAUUUCCGGUUUUUCUAAUCGUCUUAGCAUUGUACAUACAUACUUUAAGAGUGUUUUGAUAUUAGAAAUAUGGCUUACAAGCAGAUGGUCUACUUUGGCGUUGUUAUUAUUUACUAAGGUGUCACGAAACAGAGAACGACGUCACGGAUGGAAAGAUAGCGCAUGCGCAUUUCGAUAAUAUAACACAUGUAAACCAGCCUUAACUCUAUCAGAGCAGACGAGAUGGGAGCUCUUCUGAUGCCUUUUCCCGUGUCUUCACCCGGGCAACGUCUCCACGCAUUAUUCUAGCGGAAGAAAAAGCAAAAACUUCCUCACGGGGGGCAGGAGUAUCGAAAACGACAUAGCGCGCAAGAUAGUGCGUAGCAGACGACAGUGUCGUCGGUGUCGUCUGCUACGGACUAUCAUGUGGCUGAGACGCAGGAUAUUACGCAUGGUAAGAAGAGCACGAAAAGACAUGACGAUGAGGGGUCGUGCUCACGUGACAGCAGAAAGCUAUGACGUUUCGUGCAUCUUCCGGUGGAGUAUUCUGCGGAAUGUCGCUCGUGUGAAUACAGGGUUCCAAGAAUGUGCCCGUUAACUAGAGAGUACAAGGUAUAGAUUAGGAUUCCAAUAAGAGACACGAUUACUGUCCGGUAUACCACAGCCUAGACGUGUCACCGUGUGAAGAUAAGAUGUGUCUAUCAGUGUUGGGAAACGCAAUUGUGCCGUGUGCAGAAACAAAAGUGUGUGUCCUGUGUGUUUGACUGAUUACUGUUCGUGCAUUCCUGUGUUUACGAAAAAAAAGUUAUUUGUCAGCCAUUGUAUAACCUCACUAAGUAGACAGCAAAGAGUGUUAUCCUUCAUUGAUGCUAUACAAUGAAAAUAGCGGCGGAUCAAGUCGCAGUGCCUGACAGUGUCCACAGCAAUGGACGUUAUUUUUAAGUCUCUGUAAAUAAUCCCGCAACAAGGAAAGCGUCGGGUUACAUGUGCACUUCGAAUAUGAAGAAAGAAACGGAGUUUUUCUUUGUUUGAUUAUUCGAAUUUGGCGUCCGUUUUAAAAUAGUACUUAAUUCAGAUCUAUUGUUUUUAGUCGUUUUAUCCCUUUCCAGCAGAAAAUGUGAUAAGUGCAUUAAAUGUACGCCAUUAGUCAUGCCUCCGCUAAUAAAUGCACGUGUUGUAAACUGUUGAAAGAAAUAAAUUCCAGGUCUAUACAUAAAGCUUCAUAGCAUUAGUAAAUAUUUCAGUUUUUCAUCCUCUUCUCAACUUCUGUCAUAGCUUCCGCCGUAAAGUAUCACUCAUGCCGUUGCCAGCAUUGCAUGAAUUUUUACCAGUACAGUGAACCAAGUGGGUCACUCAAAUUCAUUAAAUAUCCUUCUAAGAGUUUCAUCUGUUCGUAGAAACGACACCAUGUGCCAUGUAUGAAUUGUGUCCUACGAUUUUUAUUGUCAGGCAUUGUUAGAAUGUGUUUUAUUAAUUUUUCUUUAUCAUAAUUCGCCAACGACGACAACCACGUUGAAGAAAUAUUGGUGGUGUUUUAUCCUUUACUUGCAUGCCAAGUUGUCAUGACGUCAUCAAUCCUUGUUCGAGUUCCAUCGUGUGAAUAUUGUUUCAUAUUUGUGUCACAGCCUUCAAGGAUAUAUCUUCAGUAUUUAUUUCCGGAAUAAAGAUGUUUCGACCUCAUCA